AUGAUGGAGCCGCGCACGGCACCGUACCUGGCGAUGGUGUACCACGACGGCGCGGUCUACGAGCGCCCCGCCAAGUGGGAACCGCACUUCAGCAUCGUGUUGAAGCAAGGAGAGGCACUGUUCUUCCCCCCGGGCUUCAUUCACGAGACGGUGAACGUGAACGAGUCGAGGGGCAGCUGUGCAGCAUCGGUGACUUUCCAGUUCAUGCUGCCGAUGGCGGCGCGCAUGUACCGCCGCUUCCUGCCGCGGGUGCGGAGGACCGCGGACAUCCACGAGGCCUGGCCGUUCAUAGCGCAGUGGGCCGGGCUGGGCAAGCCAGGCCCUCCGCAGGGGCUGCCUUACGGCGAGGCGCGAGCGCAGGCUCUCGGGAGCUCCGGCGCUGGGGCGGCGUUCCUGCGGGUGGACGCGAACAAGGAUGAUUCCUUGGAGUGGACUGAGCUGCUGGCGAAGUUCCCGCACGGGGAAGCGGUAAACAUCCUGGGUUUCCACGACCUCGACGGGGACGGGACCAUCUCGCGGGAGGAGUUCGCGGAGGCGUUCGGCUUCUGGGCGGGCACCGUCCGCGACGUGGUCGAGGACACCCCCGAGAAGUUCCGCAAGUUCCAGCUCCGGGACAUGGUCGGCGACUUCAACAUCGAGGACCUGCCGCCCAAAACGCAGCAGCAGUUGCUGCGCGCAGCCAGAGACCUGGAGGCCAAAAGGGCCGCGGCCGCCGCCACCGCGCCCGCCGGCGCAUCGGCGGCAGCGGGCGGGGAGCUGUGA